AUGACGCUUAUAAACUCGAAACACGACAUAAGAUUGACUCAAAAUCAAGAUUUUCCUGCUUUAUCUUCAACAUCAGAUCUGGCGGACGAUAAGAUAGAUGAAAGAGUUCCAAAUACUAUUGAAAAUAAUGAAGAUGAGUCUCUAACAAGAUCCAGUUUUACAGAAAUAAAUGGUGAACCGCAUUUGUUGCAUAGAUAUAGAGAAACAUACGCGCUCAGAAAGAAAAACAUUGUAAUAAGAGAUCUCUUAGCGGAUGCGGAAAUACUUAAUCAUAAACUCAAAUUAGAACAACAACAAAUAGUUGAAAAUUUGGAGAAUCACAAAACUACGAUAUUAGAAAAACUUAGCGAAACUAAAUUUAUUGUAAAAACUAUUAAUCAGCUUGUAAAUGGUAACGAAAAUUUGAGAAAUAAAGUAGAAGAUUUGAACAAAGAAAUCGAAAAGUUGAAGAUAGAGCUAAUCGAAAAAAUCGUGAUAGCUACUGGAGCCAAAAGAUGUCUAGCGAACGAAGAAAUAGCCAUAGAACAUCUAGCGAGAGCUUACGAAAUCAAAAGGCAAGAAAUUAAAACGUUGAAUUGUAAAAUUGAUGAAGCCGAAAAGAUUGUUCGCGAUCUGAAAAGUAGAUGUGAAUAUUUCCAAUCAACAGGUGCUACAACUACAAUGUAA